CGUUGUUCUGUAUUCCCAUCGGAACUUAAAGGGAAACUUUCACAAUGUCCGGAGCCCUUGAUGUCCUGCAAAUGAAGGAGAAGGAUGUCCUCAAAUUUCUUGCAGCAGAAACCCACUUAGGUGGCACCAACUUUGACUUCCAAAUGGAACAGUACAUCUACAAAAGGAAAAGUGAUGGCAUCUACAUCAUAAAUCUGAAGGGAACCUGGGAGAAGCUUCUGUUGGAAGCUCAUGCCAUUGUUGCCAUUGAAAACACAGCUGAUGUCAGUGUCAUAUCCUCCAGGAAUACUGGCCAGCGAGCUGGGCUGAAGUUUGCUGCUGCCACUGGAGCCACUCCUAUUGCUGGCCGCUUCACUCCUGGAACCUUCACUAACCAGAUCCAGGCAGGUUUCCGGGAGCUGUCUCAAGGCAGCAGGCAAUGGAAGGGGAAGGGAGGGAGGAAAGGGUACGAAAUAACCGGCCCACAGUCUUCAAAAAUGUCGAGGUCAUGA